GCUGGAUCGCUGUUCAUCACCCAUUACCGUACCGUACCUCGUCGCGCAAGCCUCGUAUACUCUGUUCCCGCGUUUGGGUUCUCCGCCAGGCCGGCGCGUUCGACCCGGUAGCCCGAAACCGCCCAUAUAUCUUGCCAACUUUCUGCGACACGGUGGAGGCGUGGAGCUAACUACCCCCACGCUGGCUCGCCACCGCCGCCGCAGCAGGCGUGGGAAUCUGGGCAGCGCCCCGCGGAGAAGAGGAGGCAGCGCGCUCUCCGUCCGCCAUGGCGGGCUCUUCCGACCCCGACAAGCUCAUGAGCAAAGCCGACAAACUAACAAAAUUGAGUUUUACAAGAUGGAAUGCUGAUUGGAAAAGCGCUACCUCCUUGUAUGAGCAAGCUGCAAUUGCGUAUAGGUUCAGAAAGGAUAAUGAGAAAGCAAAAGAUGCUUUUGAGAAGGCCUCAAAAGGACAGGAAAUGAUCUCCUCACCAUGGGACGCUGCUAAGCAUAUGGAAUCUGCUGCUGCUUUAGCAAAGGAGCUUGGGCGCUGGAAUGAAGUAUCUGAUUUCUAUCACAGAGCUUCAGAAUUAUACCGUGAAUGUGGAAGGCCACAACCUGCAUCUGAUGCUCUAGCAAAGGGUGCCAGUGCAUUGGAGGAGAAAUCUCCAGAAGAAGCUAUCAAAAUGUAUGAUGAGGCUUGUUCAGUUCUAGAAGAAGAUGGGAAGGAACAGAUGGCUUUUGACUUGUACCGUGCCGCAGCAGCUUUGUAUAUCAAGAUGGAGAAAUAUUCAGAUGCCGCUGCUUUGUUUUUAAGACUUGGUUCAGCUGCUGAUAAGUGCAAUGCCAUCAAUAGCCAAUGCAAGGCCUAUCUGAGUGCGAUCAUCAUCUAUCUUUACACACAUGAUUUUCAGCAAGCUCAAAAAUGCUACAAUGACUGCUCAGAUCGCUUAACAGGGUUCAAGCCUUCCUCAAUAGCGACCAGAAUCGAUGCGCAACGAAGUUAUUGUCUGCUUAUGAGGAAGGUGAUGCUGAAGAAAUCAAACGCAUGGCUCAAUCAAGUGCCUUCAAUCACCUUGACCAUGUGGUAAUUAGGCUUGCACGGAAGCUACCAACAGAUGAUCUGCAGGCCAUCAAGAAAGCUGACGAUGGCGAGGAAUCCUUGGACGAGGAUGACCUGACUUAAAACGAUCUCCCGAGCCAAAAGGUGCAUAGAGCAAACGUCAUAGUUUGCCAUAGGUGGGGGAACCGCUGUAAAAAGAAGUUAUGCGAGUUACAUACUAAAAACUUGGGCAGCAUUCCCAGAUCUAUAAACAUGAAAUUUGUAGGGCCCAAUUAUGUUGUAUCCGUACUGGUGGUUUGGUGUUACCGAAACAGCGAAACUUUAGUGGUAUGUUUAUGGUGCCCUAUGCUACAUGAUUCUUGCAAAUCUAGCAUGAUGUAUAUGUGUUGGCCAA